AUGCAGGACCUCCUCGGGGCGCCGCUGCAGCCGGGCUGCGACAUCUACUCGGCCCCCACAGCAGAGCCGGGAAAGACCGUGGACCUGUCUGGGGCCUCCAGCAUAUCGGCGCAUCGCCCACCAGGCGGCGGCGCGGCCAACGCCAGCUCCGGCGGCGGUUACGCCGGGGGCCCGCCGCCAAGCGCGUACGGCGGGAGCCCGUACGGCGGCGGCGGCUUCGGCAAUGGGCCCGCGCCCCUCGGGCCGGGCUCCCGGGGACCAUCGAGCAUCGAGGGGGGGGGCGGCGGGGCUGGACUGUCGCUGAGCGGGCUGUCGCCGGCCAACAUCGUGAGGCAGCUGGGCUCUCGGCCGAUCACCGAGUUGGUCGCGGAGCAGUCGCGGAACAUCGCGAGCUUGCCUCGCGUCGCUGCCCGCGUCUACCAGUCGGCGGCGCGGCGCUACUUGCGGCCUUGGAACGAGUUCGCGCGAGUGAGCCCUGGCCGCGUUCUGCAGGGCUUCCGCAACGCCUCCCGGAGGGGGGAGAUACAGAUCCACGUGCAGCGGAACGUGCUUGCGAACGCCAAGGCAUUCUCCCCGAACUACCUCUUCAUAUUCCUCGCCACGCUGUUCAUGUUCGUCUGCACCUCGCCUGUGCUCCUGCUCAUGCUCGGAGGUGUCGGCGGCGGGUGGACGCACGCGAUGCGCAGCGAAGGUUUCAGGAACAGGCUGGGGCUGCUCCAGAGAUUAAUCUUCCUCCUACCUCCUCCUCCGCCCCCUCAUAACCUUCCCCCUCCUCAUCCUCGUCACCAUCAUAUUCCUCCUUAUCGUCGUCGUCCUCGUCCUUCUCCUCCUCAUCCUCCUCUUAUUCCUCCUCCUCCUACUCCUACUCCUCUUCCUCCUCCUCCUCCUCCUCCUCCUCCUCAUCAUCAUCAUUAUCCUUAUCAUCGUUCGCCUUCCCCCCACCUCCUCUCCUUCUCCUCUUCCUCUUCCUGCUCAGAUUCGUCUUCUGCCUUUACCUGCUCCUCAUCCUCCUCCUCCUCCUUCUCCUCCUUCUCCUCAUCUUCCUCCCUCUCCUUCUCGUCCUCCUCAUCUUCUUCCUCCUCCUCCUCCUCGCUUGUUUCUGGAAGAAUAGCCGCUUCUUGA